ACUGAGAAAAAUGUUGGAGGCUGCUACAUCUAGUGUUAUGUAUAAAAAACUUGAAAAUCUUUGAUGUCGUGCUUUGAGUGUGGACGCCAUUUGUGCAAGCUAGAUAAUUAUGAUAGCGUGUUUCAGAUAGUUUCAUAAGUUGAAAUUUAAAUCAUACUAUUUCAAUACAAUGGCGUACCAAAAAGAAACUGUUUGCAAUGUGAACAGAGCUUAUACUCAAAAAAUUUAAAAGUUGAUGUGUAUCGACUUUUCUAUCAGUGUGGAGACGAAUAUUGUCUAAAUGGGUGACAGCUUUGUCUCAUUUAGUCAUUGUUUAAUAGUUUUAAUGGUUUCAAAGUAAAAAUGUUGUGGAUAUUGAAAAUGUUUUCGGCGAGUGCUUCGUGCAUUUCAUUUAUGUAAUUGUACGUCUAGGUUAGAAAGUUGACCAUUGUGUAGCAUGGGUUUUUUUAAUGUCAUGUAGUUUAUCUUUUAACCUGUCGAGUGCUUAAAAGUUAUUAAUGGGAUUGCUUUAUGGGUUUAUGCUUUAGUUGCCGCCGCGAGGCCACGGUAUUGACUUACAGUACCAAACAGGAACAUUUGUGCAGCGAAAUUAAAAGGCCUCUUUGCAUAUAUGUCGAUGAUGCUUGUAGCCCAUCUAAUGCAAAGAGAGUCAGUGUUCUGUCCGACGAUCAGCACGUUAGUAAAGAUAGUGGUUUGGGAGCCUCGGUAGUGGCCUUCAGAGACUCCUCCAACAACUCAGACAAAUCACAUAGCUUUAAUGUAGAACACAAUGGUCAGGUAGCCGUAAAGCUCCAUAUCAACUCGGUUGAAUAUUGCUGCAAUAAAGCUGAUACUACAUGUAGAAUGGCAAACACAAUCUCUAACAUGAAAAUGACCAACCCCAUCAAAGGGCUCAUCAGCAAGAGGAGGCGGAGGUAUACAAAGGAUGGAUUCAAUUUAGAUCUGACAUAUAUUGAGCACAAUUUGAUAGCAAUGGGAUUUCCUGCUGAAAAAUUGGAAGGCGUAUAUAGAAACCAUAUAGAAGAUGUUGUAAAAUUUUUUGAGUUGAAACACAGAGAUCAUUAUAAAAUUUAUAAUUUGUGUUCUGAGAGGUCGUAUGACUGCAAUAAAUUUCAGCAGAGGGUAUCUACAUAUGCUUUUGAUGAUCACAAUCCACCUGACAUAGAAUUGAUUGAACCAUUUUGUGCAGACGUUCAUAUGUGGCUCAGUAAAGACUGUCGGAAUGUUGCUGCAGUACAUUGUAAAGCAGGCAAAGGCAGGACAGGUACAAUGGUAUGUUGUUACAUGAUUCAUAGUGGUAAGUUUACAGCUUCAGCAGAUGCACUUGCGCACUAUGGUCAAAUGAGAACGCAUGACAGAAAAGGAGUUACUAUACCAUCUCAACGUAGAUAUGUAGAUUAUUAUGCACAGUUAGUAAGGGACUCUUUGAAAUAUGAACCAGUGACAGUACACAUAGUGGAUAUUGUUUUGCUACCUGCUCCUGUACUCAGCAAUGCACAAGGAAAUCUACAUUUUUCGAUCUCACAAUCAAAUAAAAAGAUGUACAAUUCAUUGCUAAAUGAUCCCAAGAAGCCUGUAGUAAUUAGUGAAGGUUCCGAUGGCGCAAUCCGAAUUAAAUUAGAUAAUUUACGUAUACCUCUAACUGGUGAUAUUAAACUUGAAUUUUUUACAAAAACUAUAAUGGGACGAAGGGAAAAGCUUUUUCAUUUCUGGUUUAAUCCGUUUUUUGUACGCACAUAUGACACGGACAUGGAAGAUUACAACACAUUAGGAGAAAACACAAAUUUAUCACAAGAUGACUAUUAUCCAAACCUUUUGCAUACUGGAAAUGGCUCCACUAACAGUAAUGCUAAUUAUGAGAUCAUUCAACCGACUGGCGGUUUAUUCAAACUGACUCUCAACAAGUCUGAGCUAGAUGAUGCCCACAAAGAUAAGCAACACAAGUUGUAUAGUGCUGAUUUUCAGGUGACUGUGCGAAUGCAGCGCGUGUGUCGAACAUCGGGCAGUUGGAAUGUGGGCCGCGACAUGAACAAUUUGUUGUCGGCGAGUUCGCAGGACGUGCUAUCCGAGAGUUCGGAGGCAUCAUCCAGUGAGGAGAGCAACGACGAGGACCGCUGGGACAGUGGUGAGUGGCCGACGACGGCACGAUUAUUAUAUAACGAAGUUACUUCCGACCCCGACAAUCGCGUCGUUUACCGCGAAUCGAAUAAAAUAUACCCAGAUGCUGAACUGCUAUUGACCACGGAUGAUAUCGAACAAUCGUCGGGCGGGGACGUCUCGCUCGGAGAGAAUUCGAGAAAGGCGUCACUUGACCCUAGACACAACAGCAUAAAAUCGCUCUUGGCCGGAUUCAAAUCACGUCCGCGACGCGAAUCUAACUGAUUUCAUUUUCGUAUUAAUUAUCCCUUGAGCAUUGCUUUUUACUAGCAGUACUUUGUCAAUUACCAAAGAAAAUUCGAAGGUUUUGCAGCUAGUAAGCAAACAACAAAGGGCUUUUAAUACUUCGACGAAAAUUAUUUUUUCCUUAAGUAUGAAAAUAUUCUUUGUAAAUUGUUUG